GCUAAUCCUGCGAUGAGAUAUCUGAACAUUCUUUCUCCACCAACCUUUGUUUUUUCCCCACCUUUCUCCAGUGCUUAAAUCCGGCUACCUUUCUCCAUAUUAUAACUGAAAGCCCAUAUCCUCUGCCUCUAGCCUCUCUCUGACUACAGUCAAGGGUGGGACUGGAAGGAUUUUUUUUUUUUUUUUCUUCUUCUUUCGGAAAUGGCUUCAUUCUCUUCCACAAGGAGUAGGAUAAGUAGCAUCAUCCUGCUGUAUCUGUUUCUUUGUGUUUUUUAUGCGGAAAUCAGCGUUUGCUAUUCGGCCAAGGUUUAUGUGGUUUAUAUGGGAAGCAAAGCUGGUGAAGAUCCAGACGAGAUUCUGAGCCAAGACCAUCAAAUGCUUGCUGCUGUUCAUAGAGGAAGCAUCGAACAAGCACAGGCGUCUCAUGUUUACAGUUAUAGACAUGGUUUCAGAGGCUUUGCGGCCAAGUUGACCGACCACCAGGCUUUCCAGAUUUCUAAGAUGCCGGGAGUGGUUUCUGUGUUUCCGAAUUCGAAAAGAAGGCUACACACCACUCACUCGUGGGAUUUCAUGGGUCUUGUGGGCGAGGAAACCAUGGAGAUUCCGGGGUAUUCCACCAAGAACCAAGUUAAUGUCAUUGUUGGUUUCAUUGAUACCGGAAUUUGGCCUGAAUCCCCAAGUUUUAGUGAUGCCAACAUGCCUCCAGUGCCUGCCAGAUGGAAGGGGCAUUGCCAAUCGGGAGAAGCAUUCAAUGCUUCAUCUUGCAACAGGAAAGUGAUUGGAGCUAGAUACUAUUUUAGUGGUUAUGAAGCAGAAGAAGAAUCAGUUAGCACAAUGUCAUUCAGAUCUCCGAGGGACAGCUCUGGCCAUGGCAGCCACACGGCCUCAACAGCUGCCGGUCGCUAUGUGACAAACAUGAAUUAUAAGGGGCUAGCAGCUGGAGGAGCUAGAGGUGGUGCACCAAUGACCAGGAUUGCAGUAUACAAGACGUGUUGGGACUCGGGUUGCUAUGAUGUUGACUUACUAGCUGCCUUUGAUGAUGCAAUCAGAGAUGGAGUUCACAUAUUGUCUCUGUCUCUGGGUCCUGAUGCUCCCCAGGGAGACUAUUUCAAUGAUGCCAUUUCUGUGGGGUCAUUCCAUGCCACCGCCCACGGAAUUUUGGUAGUUGCUUCAGUUGGAAAUGGAGGCAAUCAAGGUUCUGCAACAAAUGUAGCGCCGUGGAUGAUAACUGUUGCUGCUAGUUCAACAGAUAGAGAUUUCUCUUCUGAUAUCGUGUUAGGAGAUGGUACCAACUUCACGGGUGAAAGUCUUAGUCUCUUUGAAAUGAAAGCGUCUGCAAGGAUCAUUUCUGCAUCUGAAGCCUUCGCAGGAUAUUUUACUCCUUAUCAAUCCAGUUACUGUUUAGAUAGUUCCUUGAAUAACACCAAGGCCAGAGGGAAGGUUCUGGUCUGUCGACAUGCAGAGAGCUCAAUGGAGUCAAAGCUGGAAAAGAGUGUGGUAGUGAAAGAAGCUGGCGGAGUUGGGAUGAUACUAGUUGACGAAGCAGAUAAAGAUGUUGCCAUCCCCUUUGUGAUCCCUGCAGCUAUUGUUGGAAGAAGGACAGCUGAUCAGAUUCUUUCUUAUGUUAAUCGAACACGGAAACCAGUAUCUAGGAUUUUUCCUGCAAAGACUGUAUUGGGGUCUCAACCUGCACCUCGUGUUGCAGGAUUUUCUUCAAAAGGUCCCAAUGCAUUGACCCCUGAAAUCUUGAAGCCCGAUAUCACAGCUCCUGGAUUGAACAUCCUUGCAGCUUGGUCUCCAGCAGUUGGAAAAGCGCAAUUCAACAUUCUCUCUGGUACUUCUAUGGCUUGCCCACAUGUAACAGGAAUAGCUACCUUGAUCAAAGCUGUUUAUCCUUCAUGGUCACCAUCUGCUAUUAAAUCUGCAAUCAUGACAAGUGCUAUUAUUCUGGAUAAGAACCACAAACCAAUCAUAGUGGAUCCUGAAGGAAGAAGGGCUAAUGCAUUUGAUUAUGGGUCUGGAUUUGUGAACCCUACGAGAGUCCUAGAUCCAGGUCUCGUCUAUGAUGCACAGCCAAGAGAUUAUGUAUCGUUCCUUUGUUCAAUUGGUUAUGACAAGAAGUCAUUGCAUCUGAUCACAAGAGACAACAGUACGUGUCAUGGGACAUUCAGAACACCAUCUGCCCUGAACUAUCCAUCUAUCACAGUGCCCAAUCUCAAGGACAACUUCUCGGUAACACGAACUGUGACAAAUGUUGGAGAACCAAAAAGUAUUUAUAAAGCUUUAAUUUCUUCUCCCAUUGGAAUCAAUGUCAGCGUGGUGCCAAAGCUAUUAGUCUUUAACCACUUCCGCCAGAAGAUCAAGUUCACUGUGAAUUUCAAGGUGGCUGCUCCAUCAAAGGGCUAUGCUUUUGGGUUCUUGUCAUGGAGGAACAGAAAAAGACAGGUUACCAGCCCUCUGGUUGUCCGGGUUGCACCUUCCAACUUGGGUUUGAUGAGAUAACGACACUUGAACAGUAUACAUCGAUAAGGAGCUUUGAAAUCCUUACAGAGAAAACCACACCUACGGAAACGAAUAUGCUGCACUAAAUAGAAGAUCGAUAUUUACAAUAACCUACAGUUGUAUGCCUGGAAAUGGAAUGGCUGAGUAAUGGAAUUAUUGCCAUGUAAUUUACUAAACAAGUAACACACAAUGGCAGAGUAUGAAUCAAGAUAUAUAUUCCCUCU